AUGGGAGGCAGCAGAGACAGAAGCGAGGACAUCGAGAUGGGGGCACAAGGGAUGUGGAAUUCAACGUCAUCAGAGGCCAGCAGCAAUGCCAACGACCCAAAACGAAAGAAGGGCAAGACCGAGGCCGACAACAGGACACCAGAAGACCUCGAGCCAAACUACCAGCCCGUCAACUGGAAGAGGGUUUUCUUCGCGCCCAAAUACAUACCCAUGUGGAUCAUCCUGAUAAUUGUCGGCGUCCUGACGGCGAUUAUAACCCUCAAGCACGACGAGGUUGUCGACGCCCUGCGCCCAUUCGCCGAGAAGGUCCGCAAUAUUCCUGCCGGCUGGCUGAUCUUUGUCGCCAUCCUGUUUAUCAUCUCGUUCCCGCCCUUGUUCGGCCAUGAGGUCGUCGCGCUGCUGGCUGGUGUUGUCUACGGGCUGUGGAUUGGUUUCGCAGUCGUCUCGGCGGGGACUUUCAUUGGCGAGAUCGGAACAUGGUUCGCCUUCAAGAAGUUCCUGCGGAGGAAGGCUGAGAAGAUGGAGAGGACGAAUCUCACAUACGGUGCUAUGGCAAGGCUAUGCCGUGAUGGCGGAUUCUGGAUUGUGUUCGUGAUCCGAUUCUCCAUCAUCCCCUCCCACCUUUCCACCGCUGUCUUCUCAACCUGCGACGUCAAGUUCUGGCACUUUGCCGUCUCGACCUUCCUGACCCUGCCCAAGCAGCUCAUCCUGGUCUACCUCGGCGUGCUACUGGUAGAGGAGCAGGACGGCGCGACGGUGAAGAACGCCCUGUUCGCCGUGGCUGGUGUCGUCACCGUGCUAGCCGGGGUGUGGAUCUGGUUCAAGAUGGCCAAGUUCAAGAAGCAGCUCUUAUCCGAGCAGGCCGAGAGGCAGGCCAACAAGGAGGCCCAGCGCCUGGGCCUGACGAGGAACGACAGCGGCUACGGCGCCGAGGCAGGGCUCGGCGCCAACACCGGCAACUAUCAACCCAUGCCCACGAACGGUGUCGACCCGGGCGCCGCCUACCACUCGUACCCGUCGACGCAGUCCUUCAGCAUGCCACACACACCGCAGACACCAACCAACCUAGCAUAUUCGCCGUACCGACCCGAGCACGACCGGACGCACGGCGGCGCGCAGUCGGGGCCUCAAGGCCCCCAAGGCCCGUACGCCCACUACGACCAGGAUACAUACUACCACAGUGCCGACAACUCGGGCGACGUCGGCAUGGCCUACAGCAGGCCCAACUCGCACGGCCCGCCGGGCUACUCGUCACCGCCGGCAUACCCCCUGCGGCAGGUCGACAGCCUUGGGGACGGCCGGCCGGCGCAGGGCAAGGACUUCAUCUAA